UGCAGUCAUUUUCACUCUCCAUGCUAUCGGCUAGGACAAGGAACAACACUCACCCCCUCCACAAACCCCUUGGUCUGGUCUCCCAGGCGGUCCGGGGCGGUCACCGUGGUAACGGCGUCCGGCGGACGCGCGGAGGCUGCGAAGCUUCCAUUGUUGUGGGAAGGGUGGGGGUGUUGGCUGCGCCCGGCGUUGCCUGGAGAACUUAAGGACUCACAGCAGCAAAAUGAGCCUCUCCCCAAAGCCCCUCCUUCCUCCUCCCGCGCCACAAAACAAACGGCACGCCUUCCUGGUUGGGGGCAAAGGGUGUCGAGUGUCCCAUCCAGAACUUUGCAGUGCCCCGUGAGGGACCCAAGGCGGAAUCGGCCCCGAGUUCGUCGGAUUCUGCAGAUGUCUUCAGGACGCUGGAAGAGAGCAAGAUCAUAGUGAGGAAUGAGAGGCUCUUAAAAGUGGAAACUUACCAUUUGUCAGUUUACAAGGAACUGGACAAUGACUGAUUUCAGGAAGAUGGAUGUCAUCAAUUUCACUGCCUUGCCAAUGGUGCCAGUGGAUGAGCACCUGGCUGUCUCACUCAUUGCACAGAAUGAAAUGAAGGAUGCUGUGAGAAAGGAUCUGCAGGAUGGUCCACCGUCGUGCCUUAUUGGCUCCAUACAGCAGGUGAACCAGAUGAUUGCCGAAAUAGAUCUGAGUCCCAACCCGCUGGUGCACAGCCUGGCAAUUGAGAAAUUUGAGGUGGAGAAGAAGGCUUUAAGAGAGAAAAGUCACGGCAGCUCGGGAGACAGAGAAAAGAGUCAAAGAAAAUCAGAGUAUAUUUGCAAAGGCUCAGAAUCCAGGAAUGUCAAAUCUUUCAUUAUCAAAAGGAAAAUAGCAGAUAAAAAUCUGCUGGCAGAGCUGUACCAGUAUCCACAGUUUGACAGCUCUAGGCCAAACAGUCUUCCGAACGGGGUAGACUUCUGUGACAUGGUGGGCAAUGUGAUCCGGGCAGAGAAAAACACUCUCAGUGGCAAGUCUUUCUGUUCAGGUAGAGAAUUAGAGAAGUUUCUCUCUUCUCCUUCUGUAAGAGCCCUGUGGUUGGAUAGCUUCUGGUGGAUCUUUCAUGAGAGGUACCAGCCAAAGAAGGACAUCCAGAGUGAGCUGUUCGACCGGAUAGCCCAACACUAUGCCUUUCUUCUGUUUCAUGAAUCCAGGUCCCACUAUGAGGAGGCUCUCUUAAAAAGGUUGCCAUCACUUCUGAGUAAAGCCCUGUACACCAGCUUCUGCUGCUGCUUCCCUCAGUCCUGGUUCAACACACAUGAGUUCAAGUCCGACAUCUGUAACACGAUGAGCCUGUGGAUCUCAGGUAUAUAUCCUUGCCCACAAGGCUAUAACAGCUGGGACUACUCGAAUCUGGAUCCAGAGAGAUUCCGGAGAGAAGAAUUAGUGUGGCAGAGAAACAGACUGCUGAAGGGAAGAGAGUUCUCUCUCCUCACUUCUAGGAGAUACUCCACCUGGAAUCCUACUCAGAGCAAGAGGAUCUGCUGCCCUCAGUCUUCUGAUAUAAAUUCAACCAGCGAGAGAGCCUUUUUUGCCAAGAAUCCAGCGGAUGGCUCACAAAUACAGAAUACUGCAAAAGAGCAUAAUUAUCCGACUCUGGCCUUGAGGAAAACAACACAACAAGUGAAGGGGAUACCAGUAGCAAAAGAAUACGAGCAUAUGCUUCCUAAGCAGUCUUACCCUGUCUGCAGAAGCCCUGAGCUAACUUCAAACCUCUUUAACAUUUACGGGAAGAGCCCUCUGAUUGUGUACUUCCUCUAUAAAUACGCCACUCUGCGGCAGCAUGGUGAAGACGUGUUGAUAAUCAGGAGGGAAAAAGCCAAGACCAUCCCUGAGUCCACCCUGACGUACACUGAGGUCAUCAGCCUGAGCCUGAGCAGCAUGAGAAAGUGGAGGGAUAAAUUGCGCCAGUUGAACCAGCUUCACUGGAGUGAAUGGAAUUACUUCGACAAGUACCUGAAGGAGCUGCACCACAACUUCCUCAGGUAUUUAAGGGUCUUUCGGGGGCAAGCAAGAGAUAAAAAAAAGGCAAACCACAUGUUCCUCCAGCCUUCACCUCUCAUUGAGGAAUCCCCUGAAAAGAAACCUAGAAGAAGCCAUCAGAGGAAGACUGAGUUUCUUUUAAGGUUUGCAAGAAUGAAGACUGUGGGAAAAGUAGAAAUGUGA